AAGCUCAUUCCACGACCCCAAAAUUGCAUGAAGGCCAAACCUGCUUCUCUUUCCUUUUCUUGAGAGUUCAGGGAAGCCCCAACAAUAGAAACCUAACACAGUUGCAGAUAUUGUGGGUUUCCAUCUGUUAUUGGUGAUACAUUUUGUGGAUAGUUCAGAAAGCCAAGUGUUGAUGACAAGUCAGGAGAUGAGAUUGUUGAGGAGUGGAGGGUUAAGAUGAACCUUAAGAAGGGAAAAGGCAAACCCAGAAAGAGUGGGAGUUGUGGUGGAAGAGAUGCAACAGAGUCAUGGAUCAUGAGGUACCUGGCUCAGUGGGAACAAGUGCCAGCUUCUCUUUGAGAUUGGGUCAGGCUAUAUUUUCCUCUGCUUCACUUCUCUUCAUGUCUUUUGGGGUUGAUUUCUACGGCUACACUGCUUUCUGUUACCUGGUCACAGUCAUGGGUCUGGUUAUACCUUGGAGUUUCACAUUGGCAAUGGUAGAUGGUUACUCUGUUCUUGUUAAAUGCCCCCUUCGUCAGCCUGGAAUACUGCUGAUCAUUGUUGUUGGAGAUUGGAUCCUAUCAAUUCUUACUCUAGGUGCAGCAUGCUCGACGGCCAGUGUUGUGGACAUCCUGCUCUGCGCAGGUGGACCAUAUUGUCCACCAAAGUUUUGCAGCAGGUACAAGAUAUCUGCUGCAAUGGCUUUCAUGACAUGGUUUCUCUCAUUCGCUUCAUCUCUUUUCAAUCUUUGGUUACUUCCCUCUUUGUGAUUCUUAUAUGGAUGUAGCUCAUACUCCUUUUGAUUAAAUAAGAAACUGUAAUCCAUUUGAAAGCAUUAAGUCUUUGGAAAAUUGUAAAUAUGUACAUCUGUAGUGUUCAAACCAUACAAGUAACUGUA